AUGGCUGUUGUACCACUUCAAACCAAACAUACUCUAAGUCCCAUCACCAACAACAUCACAACAAGUCACCGUCCCUCGCUUCUCCGUAUCACAUGCUCAGUUACUACCACCAACAAGUCUCCUCUACUGUCCAAUGACACAUCUUUGCAUUCCACAUGGACCCACCGCUUAUGGGUAUCAGCUGGCUGCACCACAGUCUCUAUCUCUUUUGCCAAAUCUAUCAUUGGAGGGUUUAGUUCUCACCUCUGGCUCGAACCAGCUUUAGCCGGUUUUGCCGGUUACAUCUUAGCAGAUCUAGGCUCAGGUAUGUACCACUGGGCCACUGAUAACUACGGAGAUGAGUCAACGCCUCUCGUAGGAACCCAUAUCAAAGAUUCUCUUGACCACCACGAGUGUCCUUGGACAAUCACCGAACGGGGGUUUGCAAACAAUCUACACUUUCUGGCACGUGGCACGACCCUGAUGGUGCUCCCACUAGACCUUGCAUUUGAUGACCAUGUGUUUCAUGGCUUUGUAAGCAUGUUUGCGUUUUGCGUAUUGUUUUGUCAGCAGUUUCAUGUUUGGGCUCAUGGAACCAAGAGCAAGCUUCCACCUCUUGUGGUGGCGUUGCAGGAUAGUGGAGUGCUUGUGUCAAGGACACGGCACGUGGAUCAUCACCGAGCUCCGUUUAAUAACAAUUAUUGUGUAGUGAGUGGGGUUUGGAACAAGUGUUUGGAUGAAAGUAAGUUCUUUGAAGCGUUAGAGAUGGUGUUGUAUUUCAAGCUCGGGGUGAAGCCAAGGUCAUGGACCGAGCCAGACUCUGAGUGGUCGGAAGAAACUGACAUAUCUAAAUGUUAGCCUUUGAUUUGACACAUCUCUUUGAGUUAUUGGUUUGGUGUUUACUUUGACCAGUUUUGGUUACGAAGGGGUCUAAUAGCACCUUUAAAAAUGUUGGGUGUUAGCUAAUAACUUUAGUUAACCAAAGAAUGCAAAAUGUGAUUCUUUUUCUAUAAAUUUCAAGACUUGUAAUGUGCUAGUGAUCACAAUAGCCCCAAAGCUUUUCUAAUGUACACCACAACACUGUUUAGCUUAAUCUCUAUCGUUUGGCAAGCUAUGGAAACAAUGUAAAC